CAGCGGGCGCGAGAGUAUAUAAAGGGAGAACGGAAGGCGACGAGCAGUCAUUGUGACGGUGGCGAUUCUAGUGAAAGGAGCUAUGUUGCGCUGCUGGACCCUCCUCUGUGUGCUGGGCUUGGGCAUAGCCAGCGCCGCCAACGAUGAGACCUACAAAGGCCAGUACAUAGGCAGACUGUCAACGCUGCACCAUGACGUCACCGGAGAUGUUUACGCCGUGGACAACAUCACCGUCUUCAUCGAGGGAUUCUCCUACGACGGGGAGGCCCCCGACGCUUUCUUCUUCGCCGGAAACCGCGAAGCAGAGCCGUCGAACCGCGGUUUUAUCAUUCCCGAUGAGCGCGGAAGAUCCCAAGUCCUGGGUCCUUACCGCAACAAGAACCUGGUGCUGAGAUUCCCGAUCACGAAGAAAGGUCAAAGGUCACUCAACGAUGUCCAGUGGAUCUCCGUCUGGUGCAGGAAGUUCUCGAUCGACUUCGGCCACGUGAAGAUUCCCAAGAACGUGCCGUGGCCGGAGCCGCAGGUCGCCGCCGGUCUCCAGAGCGACCGACCUGUCGUCAGGUCAUCGGCCGUUAGAAUCACCGACACGAACACCUUCAAGGUCGAUGACUUUACUUUCGACGGCACAGUCCAAGACGCCAUCUUCGUCAUGGGCAGCGGCGACGCGGGGGCCAGCGGCGUUCAGGUCAUGGACGAGAAGGGCACCGACCACGCCCUCAAGAAGUACAACAAGAGGACCCUUCUCCUCACCAUCCCUCCGGAGGUCCGCGGGCAGCCUGUGCAGUACUUCGGCAUCUGGUCUCCCUCCAAGGGCAUGCUGGCUUCUGUGACCUUUGACCCUGAUGCUCACAUUCCUCCUUCGGUCAAGUCGCUCGUUUAAGAUUUUGCGUGUAGGUUGAGGGGGAUGGAGUGUGGAGGUGGAGGUGGGUGUGGAGGUAGGAGAGGUGGAGGAGGAGGCAGAGGAAAAGGUCGAACGGAGGGUGAGGUGGAGGAGGAGGCAGAGGAAGUGGUUGAGACGCGGAGGAUGUAGUGGAGGAGGAAUGAGAAGAAGAGGAGGAGUAAGAAGAGCAAGAAGUAAAGAACGAGGAUGAGAAAGAGAAAGAAGAUUGCAAAAGAGUUUAUAAAGAGAAAAAGAUACUUUAUGUUUUUUGUGAGAGAAUGAACAAUCUUUAAAAAUACACCUUCAUUGUACGUUGUCCCACCACACUUGAAUUACAUUAGUUCUUAGUUUUAUAGAAAUCUUAAUUUCAUCUCAGUACCUACAUUUUCUAUUGAAAGGGGAGUUUAGUUUUGUCACCCCUUUAAAUGAUGUUCCUAAAAAAGAAAAUGGAAUUCAAACCACUACAUUUUUGUACGUUAAAUUAAAGAAAAAAUGUAUUUAAAACACCAAAUAUCUACGCAGUACACACAAACAUCCUUAUAAAUCACGUCAUAUAGACAUUCAUGCAAGGUUUUCGAAUAAAAAAUUUUGAACGUAUGAAACGUAAGUUUUUCGAAUUAAUACUUUUUUUAUGUUUCAAAAGGGGAAAAAAUUAAAGUAAGUAUGUUUUUUUUUCGUAGUUUUGUCCACGAAUCGAAUAUAUAAUGUGUACGUUAGGGUUAUGUGAUUCAUACACAGACACACUGGCAUUUGAACGUAUUAACAUUUUAUCUUCUUUUCGAAAGUAUAAAAAAAGCGAACCAUUAUUUUUUGUUGUUUUACAUUUUACACAAAAAAAGACGACAAGGAUAUUUUAAAAAAGAAAAAGAGAAAAAGACUAUAUUUUCCGUUCUAUGGAAAGGCCACGUUUUGAGACAGUGACUAACAACAACAACAAAAAAACACAAACAAAAUACCCUACAUCCGUUUGUGUGUAUGUUCGGUUGUAUGUUUUACAGAUGUGUAGGUUUAUGCACAAAAAAUGUAUUUGGAGCAGGCUUCAUUUGAUUACAUGUUAAUAAACUUGUUGAGAAAAGA